GCUUUUUUCUCUUUUCUCUUUUCUUUUCACGUCACUGUAAGUCAUCAAUGAUAAUGAUUCGUUGUGUGUAGCUUCCAAUUGACAUUGUUUUAUAGCAUUUGACCCUUGACCCUUUCUACUUUCCCUCCAUCUCAGCUUCCCCCCUUGAGGCCCUCAGGUUUUCUCAUAUAUAUCCCUUAUCUGCCCCGUCCUACCAAGGAACAAUACCUAGAAACACUUUUUUAUUUUCUCACUCCUUGCUAUUGUCUCUGUUUUAGUCUAGGUAAAACAUCUAUGUGCUGUUAGUUAUCUGCGCCAUCUCAUAUUUUUUUCUUCUUAUCCACAAAGACCCUCCCCCAUGACACCUCACCGCAUAGAAAUUUCCAGUACUAUCAAUAUUACUUGAAAGAAAGAAGACGCCGGUUCUCUCAGCCGAACUUAUUGUUAGCCCUAUAUAGCAUUUGCUCUGGGAACAAAACCAAUGGCAAGAAGAUGGCAUCCACUCCUUCAAAUCGGUUGAAAUUGACCCCGUCAAAUUCGCCUUUUAUUCCACACCCUGUUCGAUCACCUCAUCGCAACAAAACCUCGAUAGAUCCUCGCCUCUCUCUGAAGCGAGUUGUCGGUACUACCUGUGCCGCACCUACAGGUUUCGAUACCGUACAUUCAUCAUUUGCAUACAUCGCCGGAGGAGCUGUAGUUGUAGUCGAUGUCGACGGGGCAGAAUAUACCCAGCGUUUCUACCGAGCCCGCCCUUCUGCAGUUCCAGUUUACAGCACAUCUCCGCUUCCCUACUCCCCAUCGACACCGAACCAAACUCCAAAGGCGAACGACAGCCGGAAUAGGGCCUCUUUGCGGGAAUCGACAUAUAACUCGCUUGAUUGGACCGAAUCCCCCACGCCAUCGAAGACGUGGACCAGCCGAGAGCGGAUCAAGGCUGCAACGUGUUUAGCUCUCAGCAAAGAGGGGAGGUUCCUAGCUGUUGGCGAAACUGGCUACGCUCCCCGUGUUCUCAUCUUCAACUUGGAAGAUAACUCGUCCGAUACUCCACUCGUCUCCAUCAGCGAGCAUGCAUAUGGGGUUAAGGCCGUUGCUUGGUCCCCCGAUUCCAAGUAUCUCGCUUCUCUGGGAACUGCACACGACGGUUUCAUCUACAUCUGGAAGAUUGACACGAAAACUGGCGCUGCGCAGCUGUUUCAGCAGAACAGAUGCACAUCUUAUAUCCGUGGCAUGGUAUGGGUGGGCAAUAAUCUGAUUACUUUUGGCGUACGUCAUGUAAAGGUGUGGAAGAUUGACGAGAGCCAAUCACUGGCUCCUAUAAAGCAAAAGUUCACCGGAGAUUCGAAUUCGGCCAAUCAACAGCAUCAGAAAACAUUACACGGUCGGAACGUUAUACUUAAUGAUAUGAUAGAAGCGACGUUUGCUUCUGGCGCCGCCAUCGACGAUACAAAGGCUAUCCUCUGCUCGGAGACGGGCGAUGUAUGCCUCUUUGAUGACACGGAUAAGCAGAUGAGGUUGACCAAUGUCCUCGAAAGUGGAUUUGUGACUACCUGCGUUACUAUCCGUGGAGAUGUUGCUUACCUGGGCGGUAAGUCGGGAAACCUGGCCACUAUCGACUUGGCAGCUUUCAUGAAAUGUGAUCAGAAUGCUCUUCGCACGAACAUUGGCUCUUUUGACGGCCUUUUUGCGAUGGGAUUUCUGAAUGACAAUAUGGUAACAGUUGACGCCAAGCGCUCUAUUCAUAUCUGGGGCCUUAAUAAAGAUCCAGAUACUCUAGACCUGGAAAAUCCCCCUAUACCAAUUCCAGGACACCGAGAGUCCAUCUUGGGUGUCGAGGCUCUUCGUCGUCCAGUUGGACUGGAGGCUGAUUUCUUCAGUUGGUCGGCAUCCGGGCAAGUCAUAUUAUGGGAUGUCGAAGGUAGAAUCAUAUGCUCUUUUCAGGUUCCACUUGAAGAGGCCAAUUUCGAAGAUGAGCCUGAUUUUGUCAAUCAGUUGAAUCUAGUACGAGCCACGGAGGGUGGCAAGUACUUUAUCACCGGCGACAAGCUCGGGAUUGUUAAGAUCAUCGAGUUCGCAACUCUGAAUUGUGUGUCAACUAUGAAAGCCCACGCUUCAGAAUGCCAGUUUAUCACUACAUUCGAGGACCAUUCCAAAUUCGUCAUUGCAACCUGUGGUCGUGAUCGUACGGCGCAGUUGUUCCACAGGACAGCUACUGGAGAGUUUAAACAUUUUCAGACCUUGGAAUUCGCUACUAGAGUUGUCCAGGUACUCGUUCCGUCAGCUGAUAAAGUGAUUACCUGUUCUCUGGACAGGACUUUACAAGUCCACGAACUCGUAGAGAAAGAUGGCGAGCCGGAUGUCAUGGCGGCCAUCUCUUCCAAAACUCUACCUUUGAAGGCUUCUCCGUCAUCUAUGACCAUGGGCGCGGACGAGAAAUCAUUGCUUGUCUCCUUACUAGAUCGGACCAUGAGUCUAUUCGACUUAGAGAACGGGAAGCUUGUGAACUCAUUUAAAUGUACUGAUGAGGGCGGCACUGAGUCGGUUGUUUUGGAUUCGCUUACUGCUCGGCCGGCUUUCGAUAAAGAGCCUACAUUCGUUGUAGGCGUUUCAAAUACAGAUAAGUCGAUCAGGAUUUAUGACGCCCAAACAGGAGCCUUCCUGGACCGGGAAUGGGGACAUACCGAGGCCAUAAACGGUGUGACUUUGGUCGAAGAGGAGAACGGCAAGCUUAAAGUAGUAAGUGUAGGAUCCGAUGGUACUCUCAUGAUUUGGGAAAUGGACCUACAAGAUCCAGCUUGGGGUGCCGCUCGCGAACUGUCUCUGACAAAAGACAACUCUGUUGUUUCUCGACCUACUCUUCGGCGUGUUCUCUCCAAAGCCGAACUUGCGGAAUUUCAGCGAUCCUCACCCUCGGCGGCGGGGCGACGAUCUCCUCCAAGAACUCUCAACAAGAAGAGAUCCAUGCACAGCAUGGUUGCUACACCGUCAUCUAAAACGCCCGCUGCUAUACCUCCGACGUGUCCUACACUAGCAAUUUCUAGUGAUACUCCAAGCAGGCGAGCGUCUGCGGAGAGUCGGGGUGGUAGCCCUCCAUCGAGCCCAAGGGCCAGGGUAAAGAGACAACCAUCUUUACCAACACUCAACUCUACGAAAACGAAGAGCAACAAUAACUUGAGAGGUUUCGGAUCCCUCACUAUGGCUACCGAACAGACGUGCCGGGCACUCCGCACCUACCGACGGAAAUUAGCUUCGACAGAUCCCAUUAGCCAGGAGGUGUUAGCUGAAUUAGAUCAAGAGCUUCGCCUUACCUCUGUCGCUUUGGGCGAAAGAGCUACGCGGAGCCAGGCCCUAAGCGACACUAUGCUUAGCGGCCUCCUAGACCAAUACUCGGAGCGCUUGGUCGCUCUAUUAGACGAAAAGCUUCGAAUCGGCUAUAGGGGAUCGUCGGACCAGGAGCCGGACUCGCCAGGAAUUUUACCGGGAAAGCGACCCGGUUCGUCUGGGGGGGAAUCCAGUGCCGGCUCGGCAUAAUCGAGACGUUUAUUUACUAUGUGUAUUAGUUUUGUUUCGGCAUCGGAAACUCCGUAGCAUCAGGGGGUGUAAUGAUUGCGAAAGAAUGUGGUCUUCAGAGACUAAAGGCGUUAGGUCUUGUUCGUUCAUUUUUGCGGGAGAACAUCCAAGGGGGGGGAUGGAUAUUCUGGGACGGCGCGGCGCUAUAGGGAUAUCAAGAGAGGACUCUUUUUUUUUUGUUUGUUGCUGUUUCUCUACCUGCCUAUCGAGUCCCAUAAAAUGACUUUGCCCAACAUGAUACCACUUUGCAGGAGAAAAAGACAAUGCGGGAGUUUAUAAGGCAUAGCAUAGCAUAGCGGCUACGCACUCGGGAGGGGAAGGGAAGGGGAAGAGAGAGCUACUAGGUAUGGUUUUCGCGCUUGAGAGAUGAAGUUGCUUUGUUUAGACGCAUCAAUUGAAUUUUAAAUGCCUAGGUAC